ACGCGAAUGACGCGAUUGAGAUCAACAACGGCAACGGGGUGACUGGCAGUAAUUCUUUCCUCUACGAUUUCGAGCAGGUCACGAUGAACAACUUCGGUUCCAUCCCGGACGUGAUCGACUUCGCAUCCCAACCGAAGGCGUAUUUGUCGAACCACUGCAUGACGAUCUGGGACAAAAUUGAGGAUAGGUUAGCGGAAAGCUUUCUUCACGCGAAUCGAAUGCGGGGUUUCUACCAUUCUGGGCGAACGAAAACCUCCCAGCAGUUUGAACCGUCUGUCGCAUCUUCGACAACGACGUUUGUGAAUAACCAGAUCCAGAUCAAAGCGGAUAGAGCUUUCUAC